CUCAUCAAAUACUAGCUGCGUUUGCCAUCACAACCCUGCCGACUAUCCAUAUCACAUAUGCAAAUCAAUUUACACGCGAAAUAGUCCAAACCAAAUCGAAUCCUCGCAGGCAAUGCAGAAUUCCGCUAUGGAUGAAACCAAACGGCAACAG